AUGCGCGCAGGAGGAGGAGGUGGCGGCAGUAUCGGACAGAACAACUUUACGCCAGAAGGGGGAGCCGCGUCCUCGGCUUCCAGGAGGCUCUCCACCAAGGAGCCCUGCCUUCCUCACGCAGAGGACGCUCUCGCAUCCUCACGACACUCCGGAGCCACGGAGAACCGCGGACCUCAUCCGGGCGAUGCUGCCCACCACGGACAGAGCUGCAGAGCAUCUGGGGUGGACUCGGAACCGGCCGUCGCGAUAGACAACGCGGACGCGACAACGGGUGAUGGUCGCAGCAGCGUCGCGCCAAUUUCCAGCAUGAAAUGCAACAAAAACGGAGAAUGCAGGAGGGACUCGGGCACCGGGAGCCUGCGCUCGAUCAUCUCCAAGCAGGAGAAGCAGAGCGGCGGCGGGUCGACGAGGGCCGAGGACGCAGGGAGCGCCAAGCGCGGUGCUUGUAACUCGACCACCGCCAGCAUGGACGGCUCCAUCACACCAGGCGGGUCCCUCGCUGGGGGACACGCAGGCGAGAGCGUUGCCCCCGGAGCGAGCGGCGUGCCCGAGAAAAAGGACCCCAAGGUGUCCUUCUCCAACGCACCGAGCCGGAAAGCCUCGUCGUCCCUGCACGGGCCGAGCCAGACCCCGCAGCCGAGGAACUCUGUCACUUUCCAGAAGCCGGAAGAUGGACCCCAAAUCGUCCCCGCCGAGGAUGCAGAAACCCAAGGCAGCCAGGCCAGCUUCAUGCAGAGGCAGUUCAGUAGUAUGCUGCAGCCGGGAGUUAACAAAUUCUCCUUACGCAUGUACGGCAGCCAAAAGGCUGUGGAGAGGGAACAGGAAAGAGUUAAAUCAGCCGGGAAUUGGAUUAUCCACCCCUACAGUGAUUUCAGGUUCUACUGGGAUUUCACAAUGCUGCUGUUUAUGGUGGGCAACCUGAUCAUCAUUCCCGUGGGCAUCACCUUCUUCAAAGAAGAGACCACCACGCCCUGGAUCAUCUUCAACGUAGUCUCGGACACUUUCUUUCUCAUGGACCUGGUGCUCAACUUCCGCACAGGAAUCAUCAUUGAGGACAACUCGGACAUCAUUUUGGACCCUGAAACCAUUAAGAGAAAAUACCUAAAGACGUGGUUCAUCGUAGACUUCAUCUCAUCCAUCCCAGUGGAUUACAUAUUCCUCAUAGUGGAGAAAGGGAUUGAUUCCGAAGUGUACAAGACCGCUCGAGCCCUGAGGAUCGUCCGCUUCACCAAGAUCCUGAGUCUUCUGCGGCUGUUGAGGCUCUCAAGAUUAAUACGCUACAUACACCAAUGGGAAGAGAUCUUCCAUAUGACCUAUGACCUGGCCAGUGCUGUGAUGCGGAUCAUCAACCUGAUUGGCAUGAUGCUGCUGUUGUGUCACUGGGAUGGCUGCCUCCAGUUCCUGGUUCCCAUGCUGCAGGAGUUCCCCUCUGACUGCUGGGUGUCCCUCAACAAAAUGGAGAACGACACCUGGUCCGAGCUCUACUCCUUUGCCGUCUUCAAGGCAAUGAGCCACAUGCUGUGCAUCGGAUACGGCCGUCAAGCCCCAGAAAGUUUGUCCGAUAUCUGGCUCACCAUGUUGAGUAUGAUCGUGGGAGCCACUUGCUACGCUGUCUUCAUCGGCCACGCAACAGCCCUCAUCCAAUCGCUGGACUCCUCCAGACGGCAAUAUCAAGAAAAGUACAAACAAGUGGAGCAGUACAUGUCCUUCCACAAACUGCCUGCCGACUUCCGUCAGAAGAUCCACGAUUAUUACGAGCACAGAUACCAGGGCAAGAUGUUUGACGAGGAGAGCAUUUUAGGAGAACUCAGCGAGCCGCUCCGAGAGGAAAUUGUCAACUUCAAUUGUCGUAAGCUGGUGGCGUCCAUGCCCCUGUUUGCCAACGCCGAGCCCAACUUUGUCACGGCCAUGUUGACCAAACUGCACUUUGAGGUAUUUCAGCCUCAUGAUUACAUCAUACGGGAGGGUACCAUCGGGAAGAAAAUGUAUUUCAUCCAACACGGAGUCUGCAGCGUCAUCACCAAAGGCACACUUGCGAUGAAACUCUCCGAUGGCUCCUAUUUUGGAGAGAUCUGUCUGUUGACGAGGGGCCGACGCACAGCCAGCGUCCGAGCAGAGACGUACUGUCGACUCUAUUCUCUGUCUGUGGACGACUUCAAUGAGGUGCUAGAAGAAUAUCCCAUGAUGAGACGAGCUUUUGAGACGGUGGCGAUCGACCGAUUAGAUCGCAUAGGUAAAAAGAAUUCCAUCCUGAUGCACAAAGUUCAGCACGAUCUCAACUCCGGCGUCUUCAACAACCGUGAGAACGAGAUGAUCCAGGAGAUUGUCAAGUUCGACCGUGAGAUGGUGAAGUUGGUGGACCUGCAACGGCCACGGGCGAUGUCAAUGACGCCUUCCAUCGGCGGUAUCUUCGCUCCCCCUGGCCAACAGUCGCAAACCGGUUCCGCUAUCGCCACCCUCCAGCAGGCCGUGGCCAUGAGCUUCUGCCCUCAAAUGGCGAAUCCGCUCGUGGGUCCGGGAACUUUACAGUCUCCUCGUAUGGUGCGAAGGUUCCAGGUGAUGCAGAACUUACAAAGCCCGGUCUCCAUGUCUCCUCUUCAAUCGCAACCCCCUCAGACGUUCGGAGGAGCAUUUGGAUCCGCCAUCUCCAGCCCGCCCGUUCAGAGCCCCUUAGCGGCUACAGGACGGACUUUCCAGUACAUGGCCAGCGUGGGCCCGUCGGGGUCCCAGUUGUCCUUAGUACAGCACCACGUACCCAGUCCCACACAGACCCAGCAGAGGCCCGCCUCACACAAGAGUACCCACUCCCUUCACACGGGGAGCUUGAGCCAGGAUAGCCGAGCACUGUCCGCCUCCCAGCCUUCACUUCCCCAGGAGGGAGGGCCGCAAGCUGCAUCUGCGGUCCCCAGCCCUCCUCCCUCCACGCGCACCUCCAAUGCGUCCAUCGGACCCCCGCACCCCAACCUGCCCGGGCCCUCUGGGGUAGGUAGAUCGGCGGGUGCUCAACAGAGGGUAGCCUUUGCAUCCACACCUCCUCCUAGUGCUCCUGCCGCGACUGGGCCAGUAGUAGCAGGAGCUGCUGGAUCAGGUCCCUCAGACUCUGGCGUUCCCAAGAAAGAUUCCAUCGUCAGCCUUCCGGAGCUAGACUCUGCCAGAUCUCGGCUGUCUUCCAACUUGUGACCCAUUUGAGGAAAGAGGCCUUUUUUAUAGGUGAAUCUGUUUGUUUCGGGUCGCUUGAUCCCAACGACCAAUCGGCCGUCCAGUCAUUGGGGCCUGGAUGUCAGCUGAGGGAGACGCGUCUCAAAGUCACGGUGGUACUUUGAGCGAGGAGAAGUCUAUACAAUGAAACUAGCAUAACGUGAGGUUGAACUGGUCUGUGGCAGCCAGCACCUUUCUUCUUAGUAUCACCCCUUACACUCUGCUUCCAAACACCAACUGUAUAUCGCUGUCUUUACUGUAAAGAUAUUUAGAUGAUUAAUGUGACAUUUGCAUACUGUGUAGAAUCCAUGCGAUGCAAUCUAGCAGGAGCUGGACUUGAAACAUGAAAAAUCAGGGACUCGAGGUCAAACGACAAUGACAUUUUCAAUCUUGAAGUGUUUUGAGUGCUUUUUAUUUUACGUAGAAGCUGUCGUAGCAAAAUAACACAUUGCUCUUCAUUUUUCUUUCAGAUAGUAAUGGACCAAAAAAAAAAAAAAAAAAAUCAUGUUGUAGACCGCUGGUCGAUCUUACAUUGAAAUGUAAAUAUUUGACGAAAAAGAGUACGGAGGAAUAUUAUAUUCAUUGUAUCUACCCAAACCAAAGUUGAGCUCGAACACAAAGUCUGGUUGUGUCUGUAUCAACUAAAAAAGAAAAAAAAAAAAAAAUGAAACAUAGAAGAAAAUGCCAUUUAUUUAACUGCCUUGAUUCAAUGUUAGAAGCCAUAUAUUUGGUUUGUGCGUUUGUUUAUAUAUAUGUGGGCGUACGUCGGUGUGCGUGAGUUUGUUUUGGGCUUUUGUUUUCGGAGAAUGAACUCCCUCUCUCUCACUCUUCUUCGUCAGGGCUUGAUUAGUUUGGCGUGCUGACAGCGUCGCUGACCACCUCUCGCAAAAACAUCCGGAAAGUGGCCCGACCUUUGCUCAGCAUCGCGAUUGUAAGCCCGGAGGCAAAAGGCGUUUAAAUAAUCUCAGCUUUAUCGAAAGGAGACGUCGGAGAACAUCACAUAUUGUAAACUUGCUUGUUUUUUUUUGUCUCGGUUUAUGAACACAUGCAAUAUAAUUCUGCAAUACUCUACCCCGCCUAUAUCUAAAUAUAUAUGAAUAUAGAUAUCGAAACAUGUUGUACAGGAAAGUGAUUUCUUUUUCCUUCAUUUGGAUCGUGAACUUUUUAAAGAAUCCAACAGCUGUUGUGGCUUCACUUGAGCUAUUGUAAUACAGUGACCAUGUUGUUAACUUAACCAAAAAUCUUUGAAGGGAUUGGAGGUUGUGCAGUGUCAGGAAGGAAGAAAAAAAAAAAAGAUUAAAACCAAUCUGGUUCAUUCAGAGCGACGAGAAUUGUCAAAGCCCCAUUGGUGAUUCUGCUCCGAGUCCAAAUCGUCCCCCUAAACUCCAAAUGAAUGUCUCAACAUUUUGAUUGAUGACGAUCCGAGGAUUGCGUUGAGGCUUGUAUUUCUUCUCGAGUUAUUUCCAACCUUCUCUUACUGAAUGUACGCCAUACGCGAAAGAGGACAGCUAAUCAGAUACGAACUGCCAUGUAAAUAAAGGGACGAUGGUUUGAAGAUGCUUUUAUGAUGCAAAGAGGUUGCUGCUGCUGCUGCUGCUUUUAAGAAAACUUGACGAUGCUUCUCCAGGUUGCUGUGUUUUUCCCGUACGCUAUCACCGACAUCCCAUCACCGCAUCAAACGAUGUACUGAGGUCGAAAAAUAGCGAGCAGAAGGAGGAGGAGAUGUCAUUAAUAAGCACCUCGUGUUGCACUACAACCUUGUGAUCAUAAUGAAAAUCAAUGCUCUAUCUUCCUAAAAUGCUUCUCCCGGCCCCAUUAUGUGGUUAACUUGUCGAAAAGUGGAUUCAAUUCUACCCGGGCUCAACAGAUGAUUUAGCCGAUUCGCAAACAAGGCAAACAGUUAGCAUCGACCCGGAGCUAAACUAGUAAAACUGUUGCGAUGGACUUUUCACUCAGGUUUGCUUCCUUUGGAGAGAGAUGUAUUGAUCGCUCCAGCCAAGUGGGCUAUUGAUUGAUACCCACUUGUUCGUUCUCCCCAUAAUCAACAUGCGGCUCAUUUUAAAUGGACCCAUUUUAAAUUAAUCCUCCAUUUUGUUUUUCGAAACCACGUCUUCUGAAUCUGCUCUUGAAACAAGGUUUAGGUGAUUGUUUUAAUCCAAGGGCUUCAUCUCAUAGCUUGAAAACACUUUUAAUUGUCAUGUAAACAUGGUGGGUCCCCGAUGCGGCGGCCCUAUUCAUCAGCAACUUUCUAUUGCUUUUUUUCCUAUGGGAAAGGUACAGUACAGUACAGUACAUGGCGAAAGGCCAAUACGAUUGUGAAUGAUCUCGUCGUGUGCUUCGAUAACUGUCGCGUUGCAAUCAAUUGGUCCUCUUCCCUGUUCCUUUUUUGUGCUAAAACCAGAGUUUGCCCUAUUAAGCUGCUAGCAGGACUCUGCUGAUAUUAUUUGAAGUGAGUCAAUGAGAGCAAAAAUGGCGGGAGAGCUAAUGUUUCAAGGCAAUAUCAGACAAUUGCAUUGCAUCCGUCCACUAAGUCACUCCCACGGGAAGGAUGACAAGCAAGAACCAGAACCCUUGACCGUCAUGGCCAAGCAAAUUCCAUAACGUCAAAUAGUUCCGACUGGACCUUUCUGUCAGGUGGAGUGAGAAGCUCUCAUAUUUGUUUGACACUGACUGACAAUUAUUGAGGGUUCUCAAACUUCUCAUUUGUUGCCGUACCAGAUAUAAAAGGUACUGAAUGCCUUGGUGUUGAUAUGUUAGCAAAUCAGGGUCUUUCUUUUCUUUCUAUGUGUCCUCUGAUUUGUCCGUACAGUUUGUUUGGUUCUUGCUUUUACAAUGUAUAUACCUUGUGCCUAGUGUAUAAUCUAGUUUCCACAUAGUCUAUUUUUGUGGUA